AUGUCCUCGACUCCGAGCAUUCGUGUGUAUGAUUCCCACCGCUAUCCGCUGCCGCUCCACAAUCGCCCCUCGAUACCAAGCCCAGCUGUAGCAAUGGCUAUACCGAGAUUUUUGCAGGCACGCGACGAAGUCCCGCCACCUUUGCCUCCUCCACGUCACAUCCAAGACCUUAGAACUGGCCAAGACCCUGGUUGGCAAUGGGGUAACACAAAUAGUCCAAGGGACACCGGCUUUGGCGGAAAUCGGCUCGCGACAGUUAAACCUGGCUCGAGCUUAUACGGUGGAGCCGCCAGCAACUACCCGCGCGAACCCUCGGGCGACUACAUACUUUCUCGCAAUCGCGAACCCUCCAUCACCAGGUCCCUCGAAGACAUGAGCUCCGAACACAGUGGUCACAGCGACGAGGAACGCAACUGCAAAACCCGCCCCUCGCUUGCAAGCCACCGUUUUACUAGCGAGAGGCAGCUGGGGCAAAAGGCCCUCCAAAACUCAUCGCAAGCCUACGACAAACAAUUGCUCUCCAAGAUUGGAGGGCCAAGUACUCCCACAAGAACUACUGCGCCUCCCCUCUCGUCCAGCAAUCCCCAAGACCCCACUGUCGACGCCCACGCCGCCAUACACAAGCACAACGCCCAAUUAAAGCCCCUGACAGUACCUGCCAUCUCACCAGGCUACAGCGGCUUUCGCAGUCCCAUCUUCGACUCAGCAGAGCCUCCCAGGGCCCGCUACGGCAGCAUCUCGACCCCGGGGCCCCUGGACGAGACGUGCUCAACCCACCGUGGCAGCUACGAUCAUAGCGUCUUCUCCGAUCCCGAGUUCAGCAUGGAGGAAAAUGGCAUGCGCGACUUGAACAUCAACGAACGCAGCCCGGCCGAGUCGGAAGAGUACCAGUUAGGCUCAAGGGGUGGCCUGAAACGGCGCGCCUCGUCGCCGCCCUCGGAAGCUGCGCGAGAGGACCGUCCCACUACCAGUGGACAAAACGACCUCUAUCACCGCCGGUCGGCGCAAAUGCUUGUCAACCGAAACUGUACUGCUUCGCGCUUCCAGUCAAACCCAAGCUCGCUAUCUUCCGCUGGAUCGGCCAGCCAACGUAGCGGCUCGAUUGGGUCGUCGUUUGGCUUUUCUACGGCUCCAAGUAGCAUAACGAGUUAUGGCGGAGAUCAGCGCCUGUCGCCCAAUGCGUUGUCACCCUUGGGGGAGACGGAGUUAGGCCCCGUGUCGCCUUAUGCAGCUAACAGGUCGUUGGAUCCCAGCCCCCGCGGGUCCCUGUCGCGGCCGCCGCAUCAACGAGGCUUCUCGGAGACCGAGCAUCCACAGAUCCGCAAGAUGUCUACAGAAAGCAUGUUACACUCGCGCCAAAAUUCAAUAGCAAACCGUCUACCCGGCGCCUACAUUUGCGAAUGCUGCCCCAAGAAGCCCAAAAAGUUUGAUAGUGAAGAGGAGCUGCGAUUGCACGAGCUAGAGAAGCAGUACAUCUGCCAGUAUUGCCCUAAUCGCUUCAAAAACAAGAAUGAAGCCGAGCGCCACCAAAACUCCCUUCACCUCCGCCGGCAUUCUUGGUCAUGCGCAACGCUCGCUGGCGUUCAUGCAGCCUUCCACCCCUCACCCACCCGUCCAGCGGCUGCAGAUGUCUGCGGUUACUGCGGCGAAGAAUUCCCCAACCCUGCAGAUUGGGAAGCUCGAUCAGAACACUUGAACCACGUGCACAAAUUUGGUGAAUGCAACCAAGCUAAGAAGUUCUUCCGCGCAGACCAUUUCCGACAGCACCUGAAGCACAGCCAUGCAGGCACCAGCGGUAAAUGGACCAACAUGCUGGAGAAUGCGUGCAUGAGAGAUGAGCCCCCGCCGCAGGAGCGCGUUGGCUCGAUAAGCUCCAUAUCCGGCGCCUCCUCAAACCUAGCACCCAAGCCGGGUAUGAUUAGCGAAGCACACGACGAAUCUUGA